AAUCAUCAUUCUGUAGGCAAACAAAAAUUAAACGUUGUAACGACAGAUCUGAUCAGUUAGUUUCCAGCGACUUGAAGCGUGAAAAUGCAAAAUCAAAAAUGUCUCAUUUUGGUACUUGUUGGAGUUUUUGUUUUAGAAGCAUUUGCAGCAAAAGGUAAAAGCUCAAAGAAAUCGUUGUGGCCCAUUAAAUUUCCAGUGAAGAAUAAUCGUGGAACGACUUACUACAGUAUGGAAAGAUUACCUCAAUCGAAAUUUGAAGACGCAUCGAAAUUUGCGGUCAAACAUUUGAAGGUGAAUACUGGUUCUGCCAACACUUAUUGGAAAGAAGAAUUAGAGAAAAACCUGUCGGUGGUUAUUUUUAAACCUGGAACCCAAACGAUUAUCGGGCUAAACAUUUUGGAUAUUAGAACAUUGCACACUAAAUCCAAGUUUGUAUGCGACCGUAUAUUUGACAUGUUUUCAAUUGAUAAAUAUUUGAUAAGUGAGGGACUUGCUGUUGAUCCAAACUAUCGUCGCCAGGGAUUGGGCGAGGCACUUCUCAGAGUCCAUGUAACGAUUUGUUUGGAGCAACAUGUCGAUAUUACGGCUAGCCUUUUUAUAUCAGACUCGUCGAAUCGAUUGGCAAAUAAAUUGAACUAUACUUGCCUUGAUCGCUUGAGCGCUGAAAAUUUGGCAAAAAUGAAGGAAAAAAAUCCCGAGAAAUAUAAAGACACAAAUGAAAUUGCUUGUAAAUACUUGGCGUAUAGCGAUAUUGAAGCAAACGAUCUUUGUGUCAUCAUGUGAAAAUGAUAAAAAAGUAGAAAAAUUCUUAAAUAUAGAAUCCAAAUAAAUAAUGAUCUUGAACA